GCUAUAAAAGAUGGCCGCGGCGGAAAUCUCCCGGGGUAAAGACUAGCUCGUUGUGUUCAAGCUCUACGCGCUCAAAGUAUAUCCCUAGUCAUCGCACACAUAGCAAAUAUGGUCCAUUUGGCUUCGGCUCUCCUGGUGGCCGGCGCGGCCUUCGCCGUUGCGGCGCCCGCCAGCGAGAUCUUUGAGCGCCAGACUUGCUCGACGCAAAACUCGUACCCGACCGUCAACGUGGCCAAGCUCCCGGAUCCGUUCACGACGGCGAGCGGCACCAAGAUCACGACCAAGGCCGACUUCGAGUGCCGGAAGGCCGAGAUCAGCAAGAUCAUGCAGCAGUAUGAGCUCGGCACGUACCCCCCGCCUCCGGACAAGGUCGAGGCGUCCAUGAGCGGCACCGGUAUCACAGUGCGCGUGACGGUGGGCAGCAAGACCAUCUCGUUCACGUCAUCGAUUCGGAAACCGUCCGGUGCCGGGCCGUUCCCCGCCAUCAUCGGUAUUGGUGGAGCGUCUAUCCCGAUCCCCAGCAACGUGGCCACCAUCACGUUCGGCAACGACGCGUUUGGGGCGCAGUCGGGCAGUGGCUCCCGCGGACGCGGCUUGUUCUACGACCUUUUUGGCAGCAGCCACUCGGCUGGCUCGCUGACGGCGUGGGCGUGGGGUGUUGACCGGCUGAUCGACGGCCUCGAGCAGGUCGGCGCCGCGGCUUCGGGUAUCGACACCAAGCGUCUCGGUGUGACGGGUUGCUCGCGCAACGGCAAGGGCGCUUUCGUCACGGGCGCCUUUGUCAACCGUAUCGCUCUCACCAUUCCGCAGGAGUCGGGCGCGGGCGGUGCCGCGUGCUGGCGCAUCAGCGACCAGCAAAAGUCGUCGGGCGCCAACAUCCAGACGGCGCAGCAGAUCAUUGGUGAGAACCCGUGGUUCUCGCGCAACUUUGAUCCCUAUGUCCGGUCCAUCAGCACCAUCCCGCAAGAUCACCACUUCCUUGCAGCCAUGAUCGUGCCUCGUGGCCUGGCUGUAUUUGAGAACAACAUUGACUGGCUCGGCCCGGUGUCGACGACUGGGUGCAUGAAGGCCGGCCGCGCCAUCUACAAGAGCUACGGCGUGCCCAACAACAUGGGCUUCUCACUCAUCGGCGGCCACAACCACUGCCAGUUCCCCAGUGGGCAGAACUCGGAGCUCACCCAAUACAUCAACUAUUUCUUGCUCAACAGCGGUACUGCGCCGGGUGCUGUCGAGCGCAGCACCGCCAACGUCGCUGUCGACACGUGGGCGCCGUGGGCCGCCAGCGCCCCGACGCUGUCGUAACUUGCAAG